GUGCAAGGAGCUUUCUUAAGUCUGAAGACAAGGUGGGUACAUCUUAAACGGAGGGAAAGAGAAGCUUUUCUGUGGAAGGAUAAGGAGUUUGUUUAUAAAGCCGGCUCAGGAAGAAUGUAGAUGUUCAUUUCUCCUAUUCCCUCUGCCUUUUCACCGAGUGGCCUGAGGGCAUCUGUUAACCAGAAUUACUCUUACUCUAGGGCAAACCAAAUUCUUCAUUUUGGUUGCUGUCUUGAAAGAAUAAGCUGGUUGCUUCCAGUUCUUUUUCCAAACACCCCAGGCCUGUGGCUCUGUGAGUGGCGUCUUAGCCAACCUCCUCUCCUCUCCUUUGGCUUUGAAAGAAAGCUCAAGGCCAUAGCUGUUUAUCAAGAGGAAAAGUGACUUCUCAGUAGACUGUCAACUUUUGGCUUCUGUCCCGGUGUUCGUUUUGUUGUGGCAGGUGAAGUUCACCUUGGCCCCACCCAGUGUUUCCACAAAAAGGCAAGGUUCCAAGUAUUCAGAUGAACAAGAGUCACUGCUGGACUUGGAGGCUUGGGGGUGGAGGAUGUUUGCAUAGUUUUAGCCUUGCUCGGGCGGGCGGGGGUGUAGGAAACAGGCAAGUACAGAGGCCAUAGAAAACGUUGAGAGACUCAUUUUGACGUACUCAGUCAGGCUGGUCCAAUACCCAGUGACUCAAAGCAUUAAAAGUCAGCAUAAUCGGAACUCAAGUUAGUGGCAUCGCCUGUGAGCCAUUCACUGCGCAGUAGCAGAAAUAGUACUAGGUGGUGGUUUAAUCCUUCCGAAGGCAGCUCUUUAAACGACAUUUUGUUUCAUUCUCCCCCCCACGCCCCCAACAUGAAAAGACACUAAAACUGAAAUGGAAAAGAUCUAUUCCAGAGGGGAGCUUCACCACUUCAUCGAUGGCUUUAACGAGGAGAAGAGCAACUGGCUGCGCUACGUGAACCCAGCACUCUCUGCCCCGGAGCAGAACCUGGCCGCCUGUCAGAACGGCAUGAACAUCUACUUCUACACCAUUAAGCCCAUUCCUGCCAACCAGGAGCUUCUUGUGUGGUAUUGUCGGGACUUUGCGGAAAGGCUCCACCACCCUUAUCCUGGAGAGCUGACAAUGAUGAAUGACACACAAAUCCAGAGCCAUCCAAAGCAGCAGAGCACUGAGAAACAUGAACUUUGCCCCAGGAACGUCCCAAAGAGAGAAUACAGCGUGAAAGAAAUCCUGAAAUUGGACUCCCACCCUCCCAAAGGAAAGGACUUGUACCGCUCCAACAUUUCACCCCUGACUUCAGAAAAGGGCCCGGACGACUUCAGAAAAAACGGGAGCCCCGACAUGCCCUUCUACCCGCGGGUGGUGUACCCCAUCCGGGCCCCUCUCCCGGAAGACUUUGUGAAGGCGUCCCUGGCCUACGGGAUGGAGAGGCCCACCUACAUCACGCACUCCCCCAUCCCGUCCUCCACGCCGCCCAGCCCCUCUGCGCGCAGCAGCCCCGACCGGAGCUUGCAGAGCUGCAGCCCUCACAGCAGCCCGGGGAACGCCGUGUCGCCGCUGGCGCCCGGCGCCCAGGAGCACCGCGACUCCUACGCUUACUUGAACGCUCCGUACGGCGCCGCUGAAGGGCUGGGCUCCUACCCUGGCUACGCGCCGGCCCCGCACCUGCCGCCCGCCUUCAUCCCGUCCUACAACGCGCACUACCCCAAGUUCCUGCUGCCGCCCUACGGCAUGAACUGCAACAGCCUGGGCGCCGUGGGCAACAUCAACGGCCUCAACAACUUCGGCCUCUUCCCCAGGCUGUACCCGGUGUACAGCGGCCUCCUGGGCGGGGGCGGCCUGCCUCCCCCGAUGCUGGCGCCCGCCUCCUUCCCCAGCUCGCUGCCCUCGGAGGGGACGCGCCGGCUGCUGCAGCCCGAGCACCCCCGGGAAGUGCUGGUGCCCGCCCCGUCGCACAGCGCCUUCUCCCUGCCCGGGACGGCCGCCAGCCUGAAGGACAAGGCCUGCAGCCCCACCAGCGGGUCCCCGACGGCCGGCACCGCGGCCACGGCCGAGCACGUGGUGCAGCCCAAAGCUACCUCAGCGGCCGCGGCCGCUCCCGGCGGCGGCAACGAUGAGGCCGUGAAUCUCAUCAAGAACAAGAGGAACAUGACCGGCUACAAGACGCUCCCCUACCCCCUGAAGAAGCAGAACGGCAAGAUCAAGUAUGAGUGCAACGUUUGUGCCAAGACCUUUGGCCAGCUCUCAAAUCUGAAGGUCCACCUCCGGGUGCACAGUGGAGAACGGCCUUUCAAAUGCCAGACUUGCAACAAGGGUUUCACGCAGCUCGCCCACCUGCAGAAACACUACCUGGUACACACGGGAGAGAAGCCACAUGAAUGCCAGGUUUGCCACAAGCGAUUUAGCAGCACCAGCAAUCUCAAGACCCACCUGCGACUCCACUCGGGAGAGAAACCUUACCAGUGCAAGGUGUGCCCCGCCAAGUUCACCCAGUUUGUACACCUGAAACUCCACAAGCGCCUACACACCCGGGAGCGGCCCCACAAGUGCGCCCACUGCCACAAGAGCUACAUCCACCUCUGCAGCCUCAAGGUCCAUCUGAAGGGGCACUGUCCUGCGGCCCCGGCCACUGGGCUGCCUCUGGAGGACCUGACCAGAAUCAAUGAAGAAAUUGAGAAGUUUGACAUCAGCGACAAUGCUGACCGGCUGGAGGACAUGGAGGACAACAUCGAUGUGACUUCAGUGGUGGAAAAGGAAAUUCUGGCCGUGGUCAGAAAAGAGAAAGAAGAAACUGGCCUGAAAGUGUCUUUGCAAAGAAACGUGGGGAAUGGACUGCUCUCAGGGUGUAGCCUCUAUGAGUCAACAGACCCGUCCCUCCUGAAGUUGCCUCACAGCAACCCACUACCUCUAGGACCUGUAAAGGUCAAACAAGAAACAGUUGAACCAAUAGAUCCUUAAGAUUUUCAGAAAACAAAAGGUGUUUUGUCUUGUUUCUUAACUUAUGACUUGGCGAGUCAGGGUGGCUGUAACAAAUGCUUGUACAUAAUUACAGUUCUGCAAAGCUCUCCUGACGGCACAUGGUUUCCCCUCACCUCUCUGGAAUUAAAGAAGGAGCCCCAAAGUUACUGAAAUCUCAGGGUAUAAAUGAGGCAAAGACAAUAUAUAUAUACAUAUUAUAUAUACUUAUUUACACCCCAUCUAUAUAUUUGAACCUGUGUAUUUUGAAUAUUUGUGUGGAUAUGUUUGCAUAGCCUUCCCAUUGCUAAGACUAUUGCCUAGCCAUAAUUAUUUUUUCAAUGAUAAUCCUUCAUAAUUUAUUAUACAAUUUAUCAUUCAAAAAGCAAUAAUUAAAAAAAAAGUUUACAAUGACUGGAAGAAUUCCUUGUAAUUUGAGUUAAAUGUUGUAUUUUUGUCUGGUGGCCAUUCUUUGUAGAUAAUUUCUGCACAUCUGUUUUAAGUACCUAAGUUCUAGUAAACAAACAUAUUACUUCAGUCAACCUCCCUCUAUAAUAAUGGUUUGGAAAUGAAGUUUUGGUAUUGCCAAAGUUAGGCAGUUGAUGUGUUCAUUCAUAGGAUUGUACCAUUUGAACAGCAUUGUAUAACUUGGGGGUAUGUGUGCAGAAUUACCCAGUAAUAACUUCAGUAGAAGAAAUAAGAAAGAGAAUCUUGUAUGUUUCUGUAGAUAGCUCAGAUCCCCCCCCCCGACACCCCAGCCACAGAUUUACCAGAAAGGUGACAAGAACGCUUUGCCAAUCUAUCUCCCUCCAAAAAAAACAAUCAGGGUCACCCCACCCCAAAGUCAUGUGACCAUUCAGAGUGGCCAGGAAACUUUUACAUCCCAGAGCUUUAUCUGAAAAUGUGAAGAAGACAAAAUACCACAUUUAAAACCACUGCAAAACAUUCCCAGAGCACAGGUAGUUUUGUAUGUGUGAGGUCUUGGGGCAUGAGUCUGGGUGUUUUUAUUGUUGGUCUUUUUUGUUGUUAUGUCACAAUGGCACAAACAUGGUGCUCUACCAGGAAGGAUUGGAGUUAGUUAGGCUCAGGCCACCCUUUAAAAAAAAAAAAAAACCCAAACCGGAAAACGGGUAUUCUCAUUGUCUUAGGGUCAAAGCGGGUAAUGAACAUUCCUAUCCCCAACACAUCAAUUGUAUUUUUUUUCUGUACAACUCAGACUUUCCUCAGUAUUUGUGUUUUUACAUUUUAUGGUUAACUUAAUUGAAGAAGAAAGGGCAUUGCAAAGUUGCAACAACAAUUACCUCAUUGAGUGUGUCCAGUAGUGCAGGAAGUGAUGGCUUCUCUAAUUUGCUACCAGAGGAGAAAGCUAGUGUGCGCCAGAAAGCUAGAAUGCAUGCCAUUCUGUCUCCUCUGCUAAGCCCAAGAUGACCUGUCGGCAUUCAAGGUGUAGCGGAGAACGAUGUAUAUUUAUAAAUCUAUUUAUACCACUAUUCCAUGUGUAUAUAUAAUAUAUUUAUAACCACUUCAAUUGUGAGCCAAACCAUGUAAAAGAUCCUACUUUUUUUCCUAACGGCCAAAAAAAAAAAAAAAAAAAACCCUUUCUAAGACUUUGCUUAAUUAGCACUCAAUGACCUCACAAUCGCAUUGGUGAGCCUGGGCACCCCCUUCUCUUGUAAGAGACCCUAAAACCUUGGAGCAAAGGUGGAGACCGAGUAACAAGCAGGGAGAAAGAGAGACAUCGCUUUUUUACUAUUAAAGGACAAUCCGAGAUGGCUUUAUUUAAUUUUGGGGUGGGGGCCACAUUCUGACAAUGUGGUCAAACCCAAGUCCCAGAAAUAAAAAUCAUAUUGUCCACUGUAACUUUUCCCUCUGGUUGUUUGUCUCCCUCCUUUCUGAGUAACUGAUCCUGCAGAAGAGAACAACAGAUUGAGGGUAAUCCAGGGAACACCAAGAGCCUUACUGAUCUGUUCCUUUGAUGAAACUGACAAUUUUGUAUGUCUCAGUGUUUGACAAAAACAGUCCUUAAUCGCAGGUAAACCAAAGCAUCAGAGACACCAAAUACUUUCUUUCCCAACCACUCAUUUGUUCUCUUUUCCCUUUGAGCUUUCUCCUACAUGGGGAUUUUUUACCGAGAUCUGCCCAGUGGCUUGAGACUGCUUGAUUCUCUUUAUCAUCUGACUUUCCCUCUGAGGCCUCUUACAUGUGAAUGUUGAGCCCACAAUCAGCAGUGGUUUUAUUAUUUUUUCCUUCUACUCAAAGUUAAAACUGACCAAAGUUACUGGCUUUUUACUUUGCUAGAACAACAAAUUAUCUUAUGUUUACAUACUGGUUUACAUUGUUAUUUAUGUGCAAAUUGUCAAAAUGUAAAUUAAAUAUAAAUGUUCAUGCUUUA